GCCUUUAGCCGCUAAACGGACACGUCGCAGCUUAACGUUAGAGAGGCCAACGACCCCAGAGCAGAGCUUCAUCCAUACAACGACAACCUCGCUCGCAUCCAUUCACACUGCCUCACACGACGUGCCAACCACACCCGUCGACGUCACAUCUCCAACGAAUUCAGGCUUCUCAUUGACCUCAACGCCGUUGUGACCUCCAUUAACCUCAUCAAUUCCCCGCCCCGCAUCUGUCCCGACCGCCACCAUGAAGGCCGCCCUCUUCCUCUCCGCCCUCGCCUCUGCCGCCGUUGGCGUUGUCGCCGAGGACCUCAAGAUUGACGUUACUCUUCCCGUCGUCUGCGACCGCAAGACACAGAAGGGAGACAGGGUUCAGAUGCACUACCGUGGCACCCUUAAGGACUCGGGCAAGCAAUUCGAUGCCAGCUACGACCGUGGCACUCCUCUUGACUUCGUCGUUGGCUCUGGUCAGGUCAUCAGGGGAUGGGACGAGGGUCUUCUCGACAUGUGUAUUGGCGAGAAGCGACUUUUGACUAUCCCGCCUGAGUACGGCUACGGCCAGCGAGCCAUUGGCCCUAUCCCCGCCGGCUCUACCCUGGUUUUCGAGACAGAGCUCGUUGGAAUUCAAGGCGUCCCCAAGCCCGAGAAGAUCGAGACAAAGGUUGUCGAGGGUGCCGAGACUGCCGCCGAGGCUAUCAGUGAGGCUGCUGAGUCUGCCGCAUCUGCCACCAAGAAUGUUGCUGGUAAGGUUGCUCAGGCUGUUGUCGAUGCUGCUGAUGCCGCCAAGACCAUCAUUGCAGACACUGAUGACGCUCCUGAGCACGAGGAGCUGUAAAGAUUUGAUGUUUUCAAUGAUCUACUUUGUGCAUAACGUAUCAACCCAUACCAUGCCAUAUUCUGUCUUAAACGCAGCCUUGAGAAGCUGGAAAACAAAACCCGGAUCCUGUCAACGUCGUGUGCUAUCCGCUCGGGGCUAAGCCCCACGCUGGCCCU